AUGAGCUUUCAACCACUCAACCCCCGCCCCUUCCUACAGGCUCGCGUCGGCACUGAAGUCCUCAUCCGCCUUAAGUGGGGCCAGACAGAAUACAAGGGCAAGCUCGAGAGCAUCGAUUCAUACAUGAACGUCUUGCUGCGCGAUACAGAAGAAUUCAUCGAUGGGAAGCCUACCGGUUCGCUGGGUCUUGUUUUGAUCAGAUGCAACAACAUCCUCUGGAUGGGCUCCGCGGAUAGUGUCGAGAUGACGGAUCUCGGGUUAAAAUAA